ACUGUUAAGUGUCAGCUUUGUUUUGAUAAGGAGUUAACCCACGUGCGAUCCAAAAUAGACCAUGUUAUUUUGUAAAUAUUAAAAAAGUAUACACUAAAAAUUAUCGACUACAAUGCCGGCUGUGGUUCAAAAUGACGUUCUAAUCUAUAAGGGAAGCAAUUUUUUCCGCCAACGCCUAUUAUUAUCCACACUUAGCGGUCGCUCCGUGAGGAUCGAGGAAAUUCGAAGUUCUCAUGAUGAUCCUGGACUCAGAGAGUAUGAAGUGAACUUAAUACGACUGCUUGAUAAAAUAACUAACGGUACCCGCGUAGAGUUGAGCGAGACUGGCACAUCCCUUUACUUCCAGCCCGGAAUAUUAAUUGGAGGCCAGGUUACUCACACAUGCUGUCCACAACGAGGCAUAGGUUAUUAUUUAGAAGUUCUUUUAGCUCUUGGCCCAUUCUGUAAAGAACCACUAAAUGCAGUGCUACAAGGAGUGACGCAUCAUGACUUGGAUGUGUCUGUUGACAAGGUUAAGACGGCAGCACUGCCUGUACUAUUGAAGUUUAUACUUGUAGAUGAUGGUUUAGAACUGAAAGUGGUGAGAAGAGGAGCUCCACCCCUCGGUGGAGGUGAAAUAGUCUUCAAAUGUCCAGUCAGGAGACAUUUAAGGCCACUGCAAUGGACAAAAUGGGGUCUAGUGAAGAGAAUAAGAGGUGUUGUGUAUGCUUUAAGGGUCUCUCCCACUAUGGCUAAUAGAGUUGUUGAAGCCGCAAAGGGGGUGAUGCUUAACUUCCUCCCAGAUGUAUAUAUAAACACAGAUCAAUGUCGUGGGUCGAAUGCAGGAAAGAGUCCAGGGUUCGGCAUCAGUCUUGUAGCAGAAACCAAUGAUAAAACAUUUUAUUGUGCUGAAGCUAAAUCAGUAGAAGCUGGCACCAGAAGUAGUACAUUACCAGAAGACCUCGGCAAGGAGUGUGCAAUGAGGUUGCUGGAUGAGAUACACAGAGGGGGAGCGGUGGAUUCCUCGUUACAGUGGCUGCUGGCUUUGUGGAUGGCGCUGGGGCAGAAGGAUGUUAGUGAAGCUGUGGUCGGUCCAUUAUCAGAGUACACAAUAAAAUUCCUCCAACACCUAAAAGAGUUUUUCGGAGUGAUGUUCAAGCUGGAAGUACUGCGGGAACAAGACGAAGAUUCUGAUGAGGAGCAGGUGGUCGCUCAGAAAGUGAAGAUGACGUGCGUCGGCAUCGGUUAUGUUAAUAUUAGUAAACGAACAUUGUAAAAAAUUAUGGAAUUAA